UCCUGCUGUUCUGGGAGUCGGCGUCGGGACUCCAUAGACGGCUCCACCGGGGUUCGGUAUCGGUGCCAGCCGAGCCGAGGCCGAGGCCGGGCCCCACGUCUGAUCCACCUAGGGUUCCACACUUUCUUUUCCUCUUCCCACCUUUUUUUCUCCACCGGCCACCGGGUUUUCCCGUGUCGUUCCUUCUGGACCUUCUCUUUCCAUAUCGGUCCGUUCAUAGACUCCAUACAGCAAAGUCUGUUGUCCCUCUCUCUCAUUUUCUCACUCUCUCCGGUUGGAUGGGUUCGAACUCGAAGCCAUGGCUAUAUCCGGCUCCGACCUACCGUUCCGUCGAGACGAGCUGGGAAACCGACCGGGACGCACCUGGCCCACGUUGUGCACACACGCUAACUGCCGUCGCUGCCACCAAAUCUCACGGACAUCGUCUUAUUCUCUUCGGUGGCACCACUGCCAUCGAGGGUGGAGGCCCCUCCUCUGUUCCUGGAAUCAGGCUGGCGGGUGUCACCAAUUCUGUUCAUUCUUAUGAUGUGCUUACCAGGAAAUGGACCAGGAUCCAACCUGUCGGGGAGCCACCGUCACCUCGGGCUGCACAUGCUGCAGCUGCCGUUGGCUCUAUGGUUGUUUUCCAGGGUGGCAUAGGUCCUGCUGGGCAUUCCACCGAUGAUCUUUACGUGCUCGACUUGACUAAUGAAAAAUUUAAGUGGCACAGGGUUGUUGUUCAAGGCCCAGGCCCUGGGCCUCGCUAUGGCCAUGUAAUGGACUUGGUUGCUCAAAGAUAUCUCGUAGUUGUUAGUGGCAAUGAUGGCAAGAGAGUUUUGUCAGAUGCUUGGGCUCUGGAUACUGCACAGAAACCAUACAGAUGGCAGAGGCUCAAUCCUGAAGGAGAUAGACCUUCUGCUAGAAUGUAUGCAACAGCAAGUGCCCGUUCAGAUGGUAUGUUUUUGCUUUGUGGUGGAAGAGACUCAUCAGGCAUGCCACUGGCAGAUGCUUAUGGGCUACUCAUGCAUAGGAAUGGUCAGUGGGAGUGGACACUUGCACCUGGGGUGUCUCCUUCCCCAAGGUACCAACAUGCUGCGGUCUUUGUUGGAGCUCGAUUGCAUGUUACUGGAGGUGCACUGAGGGGAGGACGAUCAGUUGAAGGUGAAGCUGCUAUUGCAGUGUUGGACACUGCUGCUGGAGUAUGGCUGGAUAGAAAUGGGAUUGUGACUUCCUCCAGGACAGGCAAACCUCCAAAUGAGUAUGAUGCUUCCUUGGAGCUUAUGCGCCGUUGCCGCCAUGCAUCUGCAUCAGUAGGUGUUAGGGUAUAUAUUUAUGGUGGUCUUAGAGGAGAUAUGCUUCUGGAUGAUCUCCUCAUUGCAGAAAAUUCACCUAUUCAAUCUGAAAUAAACUCACCUAUCUUGAAUUCUGAGAGAACUCUACCCAUGACAAGUUCAAAAUUGAAUGCAUCAAGUCCAAGUUCUCAUGUUUCACCAACUUCGGAUGCCUAUGUACCACUACCUUCAGAUGGAAGAAUGGAGAUCCCUUCAACUGGUGGCUUAAGCACGGACAAGAACUCUAUUGAGAAGCUGGUGGAGGCUUCAGCUGCCGAGGCUGAGGCUGUUAGUUCUGUAUGGCAAGCCAUGAAGUUAGCAUCUUCAGCAUGUACAGAAGAAACUUCUGCAUCAGACAGCAACUCACAUGGUCCUGAGCACUCAUCCGACGGUAGUGAUAAUGAGGUUGAUGUCCGCCUUCACUCUAGAGCUGUUGUAGUUGCAAAAGAGGCUUUUGGGAACUUGGGGGGUUUGGUAAGGCAGCUGUCCUUGGAUCAGUUUGAAAAUGAGAGCAGGCGAAUGAUCCCCACAAACAAUGACCUGUCUUAUCCUGCUAAAAGGGCCUUCUCUAGACAAAAGUCCCCUCAGGGAUUGCACAAGAAGAUUAUUUCUUUUUUACUUAGGCCACGAAACUGGAAAGCUCCAGCUAAUAGGAACUUUUUUCUGGACACUUAUGAAGUUGGUGAACUUUGCUAUGCUGCUGAGCAGAUCUUUAUGCAGGAGCCCACAGUUCUGCAAUUAAAGGCUCCAGUUAAAGUAUUUGGUGAUCUUCAUGGACAGUUUGGUGAUCUAAUGCGCUUAUUUGAUGAAUAUGGAUUUCCUUCAACUGGUGGAGACAUAACGUAUAUUGACUAUCUGUUUUUGGGGGAUUAUGUUGAUCGUGGACAGCACAGCUUAGAGACUGUAACCUUACUUCUAGCUCUCAAGAUUGAAUAUCCUGAAAAUGUUCACUUGAUUCGUGGGAACCAUGAAGCUGCUGACAUAAAUGCACUUUUUGGUUUUCGUCUUGAAUGCGUUGAGAGAAUGGGGGAGAGUGAUGGGAUAUGGGCUUGGACUAGGUUCAAUCAGCUUUUCAACUUUCUUCCACUUGCCGCACUUAUUGAGAAGAAAAUUAUUUGCAUGCAUGGUGGAAUUGGGAGGUCCAUACAUUCUGUGGAGCAAAUAGAGAAACUUGAAAGACCUAUAACAAUGGAUGCUGGAUCUAUCAUUCUAAUGGACCUUCUAUGGUCUGAUCCCACAGAAAAUGAUAGUAUAGAGGGUUUGAGACCAAAUGCUAGGGGACCUGGUCUUGUCACUUUUGGGCCUGAUCGGGUCACAGACUUCUGCAAGAAAAAUAAACUACAGCUAAUCAUAAGAGCACAUGAAUGUGUUAUGGAUGGUUUUGAACGGUUUGCUCAAGGACAGUUGAUAACACUUUUUUCUGCAACCAACUACUGUGGGACGGCAAACAAUGCUGGAGCUAUACUGGUGGUUGGUAGAGGAUUGGUCGUGGUUCCAAAAUUGAUUCAUCCCUUACCACCUCCUCUACAGUCACCAGAAACAUCUCCAGAGCAUGUCUUAGAUGAAACAUGGAUGCAGGAACUCAACAUUCAAAGGCCACCAACUCCAACACGGGGUCGGCCACAGCCUGACCUUGAUCGAAGCUCACUUGCAUAUAUAUGAUUUGACACCUACAGAGCUGUUUUUCCUUAAACGCCAUAUUAUGGUGCCUCUUAUUUGAUGCUGGAAUCAAUACAUUCAUCUGUAAUGCUGCUAGGUUCAAUAUCUAGCAGAAAUUUGGUACCACACAACUUCAUUUUGUAACUUAUGCAGAAACAUACAAACAUAGAAGAUACGUCCUUGACAAACUUACACAGAUUGCCUGAGAAAGUUGGAAGAGCAAGCUAUUUACUCGGUGAUGAUUAUCCAUUUGUCAAUCUGCUCGUGUAAUAUCUGUACAACUUGAAAACUGUGCAAGAGAUGGUGAAAUGUAUUUCCGGCCAAUGGAGUCAAUAGCACAAUUAGAAGCAGCUGUCUAAUUAUUGUGUACUGUAAUGUAAAUUAGUUUCUGCCUUCCAUUUGAUUAUAUGUUAAUUUUUUUCUGGAUGAAAUAUCAUAAUUGAUUACAUUCUGAAGCCUUUUGGUGAUGAUUCCUUGUUCUAAUAAUAAUUGCCACCAAAUGGGAAAAUUGGUGCUGCAGCUGUAAACAUGUUUAUUCUUCUAUAUUUGCCAUAUUUUUUUUAUUGUAGAAAAAGGCAUAAUUGGGG